CUCAAAUAGAAAUAGAAAUACAUUGCAAUGCAAAAACAGACAGCUAAGCCUUUCAAGAUGAGAACAAACCGCAAUCUUGAACUCCAGCUUUUUCCUUCAACAGAUUCUGAUUUCGAUUCAGGUCACGCGCACCGUCAAUCAACGGAAGACUCUAGCAGAAGCUCUGGACAUUAUCAACAACCACAGCUUAAAGUUUCUGAUGAUGCAGAGGUUCAGGCUAGAGCCAUACUAUCACUGGCAUCAAGAGAAAUUGAGGAAGGAAUGAAAUUCCCAAGUAGAUGGGAGACAGCCUCAUCAUCAACUGUUCCAUAUCAACUUAGUCUAAAAGGUAAUCUUUCGACGAAGAUGUCCCUGCGACGCUUUCUGCAGAAGCGAAAGUCCAGGAUCCAAAGCUAUGUUUCUCUAUAUACCUUCAAUCACUAGAUGUGUGAGGCUGUACUUCCCAGGUAGAUUUCCAAUGGGGAUGGAAUUGAAGAAAACUUAUCUUAGAAAAGUUUAGCUUGAUCUUCUACAAUUGGUUACUUUUGGGUCUGAGGAUUGCACAUUGUUUCUGUAUUCUCAUCAAUAAAAAAUGUUGCUUUAGAUAACAGCUAUCAUUUCUCUCUUCUUCUUCUUUUCAUUUCUUUUUCUCUAUGAUCUGGUGCAGUUUAUACUUUGUAAAAGUCAAAAACAUUCAAUAAAACAUAAAAGGAAAAAAACCUUAGUUACCACCACUUUACAAGCUCUAUUGUAAUCCAAGUAAUCUCUCUACAAUGAUCCAUAAAAAAGAGAGAAAAAAAAAACAUCUCUACAAUAACAGUAACAAGGGAUGUCUUGGUAGGAAACAUAUGAAUGCUCAGAAAAAACAACAAGGCUAAUGAUAAUGUGAUUGCAGAAAAACCAGAUAAACAAACUGUAUCAAAAGCAACCAAAUCCCAGAGCUUCUGCAACUCAACCACAGCUACGAAAUUAAGAAAAGAAAAAAGAAAAAAGAAAAAAAAAACCAACUUCCUCACCUAAGCGCUCUAAGAAAACCCAAGUAGCAGAAGAAUAACCAUUGGAAAAAGAAAGCAGGCAUUCGACUGAAACAAAUACUCGAUCUAAUCUGCUCAAGGAUUCAGGAUUGUCCCGAGAGAACCUCCUACCUGACAAAACAAAUCCCUAAACACACCUCUAUAAUCCUUAAGUUGGUCUCAACCUAUGGUGCAUUUGCCAAUUUCCAAACAAUCUCUAAACACCGCUAUAAAUGAACAAUUGACAACUACGGUUAAAACCUCCUUUCAAAGCUUCCUAGCCUUCCCAAGGACAAACGCUUUUACCUGAACAGCAACAAGAACUCACACCACUAAAGAAAAACUCCAUAAUAUUCAACCCCAUUCACAAUCUUCAGCACAAACAAAAAAAAAACCUUUAUCUACCCAAAUUAUGCACUGCCCUCCCAAGAAGCUGUCCUUAGCACUCUUAACAAGCCAAAGCAAACAAUUUGAAGCUGUCCUUAGCACUCAUAACAAGCCAAAGCAAACAAUUGAUCAGAGAUAUUGAUAUGAAUAAAAGCAUACCUCACCA